AUGGAACACAUGAAGGAAAACCAUCUAUGGCCCCCGGUCCCUACCCGGCGGUCCCUACCCGGCGUUCCCUACCCGGCGGUCCCUACCCGGCGGUCCCUACCCGCGGUCCCUACCCGGCGUUCCCUACCCGGCGUUCCCCUACCCAGGCGGCCCCUACCCGGCGGUCCCUACCCGGUCCCUACCCAGCGGGCCCUACCCAGCGGUCCCUACCCGGGUCCCUACCCGGUCCCUACCCGGCGGGCCCUACCCAGCGUUCCCUACCCAGCGUUCCCUACCCAGUGUUCCUUACCCAGCGGUCCCUACCCAGCGGUCCCUACCCAGCGUUCCCUACCCAGCGGUCGCUACCCAGCGGUCCCUACCCAGCGUUCCCUACCCAGCGGUCGCUACCCAGCAGGCCCUACCCAGCAGGCCAUACCCAGCGGUCUCUACCCAGCGGUCCCUACCCAGCAGGCCCUACCCAGCGGUCGCUACCCAGCAGGCCCUACCCAGCGGUCCCUACCCAGCAGGCCCUACCCAGCGGUCCCUACCCAGCAGGCCCUACCCAGCAGGCCCUACCCAGCAGGCCCUACCCAGCGGUCGCUACCCAGCGGUCGCUACCCAGCGGGCCCUACCCAGCGGUCCCUACCCAGCAGGCCCUACCCAGCAGUCUCUACCCAGCGGUCCCUACCCAGCGGGCCCUACCCAGCGGGCCUUACCCAGCAGGCCCUACCCAGCGGUCCCUACCCAGCGGGCCCUACCCAGCGGGCCUUACCCAGCAGGCCCUACCCAGCGGUCCCUACCCAGCAGGCCCUACCCAGCGGUCCCUACCCAGCGGUCCCUACCCAGUGGUCCCUACCCAGCAGGCCCUACCCAGCGGUCGCUACCCAGCGGGCCCUACCCAGCGGUCCCUACCCAGCAGGCCCUACCCAGCGGUCGCUACCCAGCGGGCCCUACCCAGCGGUCCCUACCCAGCAGGCCCUACCCAGCAGGCCCUACCCAGCAGUCUCUACCCAGCGGUCCCUACCCAGCGGUCCCUACCCAGCAGGCCCUACCCAGCAGGCCCUACCCAGCAGUCUCUACCCAGCGGUCUAG